AUGGCGUGGGGAGGCUACGAGGAGAGACGGCCAGAUGCCGACGACGGCGACGAGGAACUUGAUGAGAAUGACUAUAAAGCCCAAAAAGAUGCGGUUCUGUUUGCCAUCGACAUCAGCCGCUCCAUGUUGGAGCCGCCGUCUGCGACCGACAGUAAAAAGGCCGACAAGGACUCGGCUGUCACAGCAGCGCUGAAAUGCGCCAACCAGAUCAUGCAGCAGCGUAUUAUUUCCCAGCCUAAGGACAUGAUGGGCGUCUUGCUCUUUGGCACCAAGAAGUCAAAGUUCCGGGACGAAUCGAGCGCCCGCAGCAGUUCUGGCUAUCCCUUCUGCUACCUCUUCAAGGACCUCGACGAACCUGGUGCUCAUGAUGUUAGGAAGCUGAAGGAAUUGGUAGAAGAAGACGAGCAGGGCUCCGACGAAAUCCUUGUUCCGUCCAAGGAGCCUGCCAACAUGUCCAAUGUUCUCUUUUGUGCCAACCAGGUCUUUACCACCAACGCUCCCAACUUCGGUUCCCGGCGGCUCUUCAUUAUCACCGAUAAUGACCAGCCGCAUGGCAACGACAAAACGGCAAAGUCUUCAGCCGCGGUGCGAGCUAAAGAUCUCUACGAUUUGGGUGUUGUCAUUGAGCUUUUCCCCAUCAGCCGUGAGGGAAAGAAAUUUGAUGUGUCCAAGUUUUACGAUGACAUUAUUUACCGCGAUCCUACUGCCGAAGAAGGCAUAUCGGGCCGGGUCACAUCGUCCAAAUCGGGCGACGGCCUUACCCUCCUGAGUUCGCUGAUAUCAAAUAUCAACUCAAAGCAGACACCAAAGCGGGCGUAUUUCUCAAAGGUGCCAUUUGAGAUCGCGCCAGGUCUUACCGUGUCGGUCAAGGGCUACAUUCCUCUUCACAAACAAGAGCCUAGGCGGACUUGCUAUGUCUACCUCAACGGAGAGCAGGCCCAGAUUGCUCAGUCUGAGACGACAAAGGUGGACGCGUCCACCAAGAGUGUUGACAAGACCGAGAUCAAAAAGGCGUACAAGUUUGGUGGCGAGUACAUUUACUUUGACAAGGAGGAAGCACAAAAGCUGAAGCAGAUUGGCGAGCCCACCAUUCGUAUCAUUGGGUUCAAGCCGCGCUCGCAACUACCAACGUGGGCCUCCAUGAAGAAGUCGAUCUUCAUUUUCCCGAGCGAAGAGCGUGUUGUUGGCUCGACUCGUGUGUUUUCUGCGCUGUGGCAGAAGCUGCUCAGGGACAGCAAGAUCGGAAUCGCGUGGUUCUUGGCCCGCAGCAACGCUAGCCCCGUUAUGGUGGCUAUAAUCCCUUCGGGUAGCAAGGACGAGGAGAACACAGGGACACAGUUCCUCUCGGCAGGCCUCUGGCUCUACCCGUUGCCUUUCGUCGACGACGUCAGAACCGUUGACUUGGACGCCACACCAAGACCGGCCGACCAGCUCACAAAUAGGAUGAGAAGUAUUGUCCAAAAUCUGCAGCUGCCAAAAGCCAUGUACAACCCGCUCAAAUACCCAAACCCAUCCCUUCAAUGGCACUACAAGAUUCUCCAAGCAAUGGCCCUGGAAGAGGAGGUCCCGGAAACCUUGGAUGAUGCCACAAUUCCGAAAUAUAGGCAGAUCGACAAGAGGGUUGGGCAAGACAUGGCGGAUCUCAAAGCAGAGGCGGCAGUGAAGGCUCAGUCGCUCAUGCAUAGCAGAGCUCUCAAGCGAGACGUAGAAGAAGACGACGAUGGCGACCGGCCAGCAAAGCGUGCUAAGCCUGUGAAGAAAGAAUCAGACUCACUGAGCAAUACUCAGCUGCGGUUGGCAUACGAGCAGGACACGCUCAGCAAGAUGACAGUGGCGGUGCUCAAAGGCAUACUGGCGAGUAAGGGUCUGAGUGCAGUGGGGAAAAAAUCCGACCUUCUUGAGAAGCUUGGACAGUGGGUGGAGGAGAAUUUGCUAUGA